AUGGCCACUCACGUUGUCACUGCCACCAACCCUGGUGCCAACCAAAUCUCCGUCUACGGCCAGCCCUCGCCCACCAACUCCACCACUACCACUCCCUCCAACAACUCGCCCACCUCUCCGCGGCUUACCACCGCUGCUCUCCACCAACUGCCGCUGCAGUCGCGCCAACUGCGUCCCCCUAAAGGCCCCCUGUACGUCCCGGCCGCUCUGCGCCCGACCGAGCGCCCGCAGAAGACCUCGCCCAUCACUCCGCCCCGCAGUGUGCAUGGGUCGCUCGACAGCCUGAACGAGGACACCACCGAGCCCAUUAGUCGUCGCUUCACUAUGGAGAGCAAAUCCAGCGGCAUCAGCAAGUCCGCUGAGCACGAGUGGAUGAAGACCGAGUCCCUGGGCCAAGUCACUGGUCAUCCCACGCGGGACCACUGGAAAGCUGAUUCCGCCUCUCCCAAUUGCGAUUCUCCCACCUGCCGUUCCUCCUUCGGCAUCUUCUUGCGCCGUCACCACUGCCGCCACUGCGGCCAUGUCUUCUGCUCUUCCCACACUCCCCACAUGGUCCCCCUCGACCAGGAUGCCCGCUUCCACCCGGAGGGCGUCUCCUCGCGUGCCUGCGAUCUCUGCUGGAGCGCCUACCAGCGCUGGGAGGAGACCCGCACCAACCGCCUGAACAGGAUUCAAAACUCGAUGGAUGCGAAGAACGGUGAGGGCGAGACCGAGCACACCGAGGACCUGUCUGCGAACAAUGAAGAUGGCGCCGCUUCCCUCAAGGCCAACCUCGGCCAGACGGUCGAGAUCGCGGCCAGCGUGCCUCGUGACUGGAACUGGAGCACCUUCUAA